GGCCGGGCAGCGGCCGCCUGCCUUCCAGGCGCCGCCAUGUUGGAAGCGCAGGGCUUGAACCAUGGCGGCGAGAGCCAGACUGCGGUUACCAGCCCUUCCAGCUCGGCUGGGCGCACCGUGGAAGUGCGGCCAGGACUGUAUCUGGGUGGGGCAGCGGCGGUGGCGGAACCAGACCACCUGAUGGAGGCCGGCAUCACCGCCGUGCUGACGGUGGACUCGGAACCGGGUUUCCAGGCUGGGGCUGGGUUCGAAGGUCUGCGGACUCUCUUCGUGCCGGCGCGGGACGAACCCGAGACCGACUUGCUCAGCCACCUGGAUCGCUGCGUGGCCUUCAUCGGCCAGUCCCGAGCCGAGGGACGUGCGGUGUUGGUGCACUGUCAUGCAGGAGUGAGUCGAAGUGUUGCUGUAGUUACUGCCUUUAUAAUGAAGACAGAACAGCUUCCCUUUGAAAAGGCCUAUGAAAACCUCCAGACUAUCAAGCCAGAAGCAAAGAUGAAUGAGGGAUUUGAAUGGCAACUGAAGUUAUAUGAGGCAAUGGGAUACGAAGUGGAUACUUGUAGUGCAAUUUACAAGCAGUACCGAUUGCAGAAGGUGACUGAGAAGUAUCCAGAGCUUCGGAAUUUACCUCAAGAACUCUUUGCUGUUGACCCAACUACCAUCUCACAAGGAUUAAAAGAUGACAUCCUCUACAAAUGUAGAAAGUGCAGGCGAUCUUUAUUUAGAAGUUCUAGUAUUUUGGAUCAUAAUGAAGGAAGUGGACCAAUAGCCUUUGCUCACAAGAGAACGUCACCAUCUUUGGUACUUACCACAGGGAGUCCAGCUCAGUGUACAUCCUACUUCAUUGAACCUGUACAGUGGAUGGAAUCUACUUUGUUGGGAGUAAUAGAUGGACAGCUUCUUUGCCCAAAAUGCAGUGCCAAGUUGGGUUCCUUCAACUGGUAUGGUGAACAGUGCUCGUGUGGACGAUGGAUAACUCCUGCUUUUCAAAUACACAAGAAUAGGGUGGACGAAAUGAAAAUGUUGCCAGCACUGGGAUCACAAGCAAGGAAACUAUGAACUCAGGACACAGCUUGGAAUAAAACCCAAUGAAACAUACUUCUCUUGAUUAUUAUCUUUCAUAGUAGAGAUCAAAUUUUCAUUUGGAGUGUCCAAAGAUCAAUACUGUAGUAGAUAUGUGUUGGUAGCUUAUACAUGGUAUAUGAUGUAUAUGCAAUACUUCAUUGGACAAUCCAGGCUUUUAAUCAUGUAAUUUUCAUUUGACAUUAAAAUCUCUUGUAACCA